AUGUGUCAAACACAACAACCUUAACUAGCCGUGAUUUGUAACAUGUCUCUACUGUAAAAUGUAGACCUUUUAUAUUUGUCUGGUCUUUCAUUUAAAUUGUAAGCCAGGUUACCUCACAUUCUGUACAUAGAAACCCCAGAAGCUAACCUUUUCAUGGCACAAGACUGUUCGCAUUUGUGUAUCACAAUGAAUUUGGCUCCUCAAGAAUCUGUGUAUUUUAACAGAAAAACCUUCUUCUCUGCCAGUCAAGACUUAGCUACCACACGAAGCAAGGAGUUUUCACUCCCUGAAUCUGCAAAUCAGGUUGAUUUAUGGAACCUGAAGCCACCUAAUUUCACUCCUAAACUGUACAGAUCCCUGAAAAUCCCCCGAAGAAAAGGCAGAAACAUAAGUCUGGCUUCUUCCAGAGAGUUAGUUGUCAGACCUGUUAGAGUUUCCACAGGGGUUCUACCUGAGAUUGAUCAGAAGAAAGCACUCCCACAGUUCAACACUUCUUACAGACCCGCUGAUUCAUUCAAAUCCAAGCUGAUGUUUGUUAAAACAGGAAAAUAUCCGACUGGACCCUACAAGAGCCCGAAGCCACAUGACUUUAGACCGAUUGAUGAAGAUCUGACAAACAUAGUGACUACAUCUGAAAUGGAUCCCAAUGGCCUAAACUUCAAAUCUCAGCACCUGGACAUGAUUCUUGGUUGCAGACAUGAGCCAGAAUUAUAUACGAGGAGCACAUUUAGUCAGAUAAACACCUACAAGCAAGCAGAACCAAGAUGGGAGGCCAACCUUGUUCUACCCAAGCUUUCGUGGCCUCCAAAAUCAGCCUCAUAUACAAGACACAGGCGUAGGAGAGGAAUCUAUAGUGCAUUCAUGGACAGAGUGGAAGAAAAGAUAUCCAGUUCCUGGAAGAAUGGAUGACACUUUCAGAGUCUGAACAUUGUUAUUGCCCAUGCGGCACUAACUAUUCUA